GGCAUCGAUUCGUAGAUUUAGUAAGCAAAUCCCGACUUACAUAAUCAUCAGCCUCGUCGCGUCCACUACAGUACCAGUAAAUUGUUAGUAAACUGGCGCGAACCACAACUCAAUUCGCAGCCCAUCUGGACCCUCAAACCCCGCCAGAUCCCACCAAACCCCGGAUAAUGGAUGGCCCUCCAACUACUCUCUACCCUUAAAGGGGCGGCACUCAAACAACUCGCGUUUAAAUGCGGCGUAUCAACUUCUGGCGUGAAGGCCGCUCUCUGCCAGCGAUUACAAGAUGAGAUUCCUCUCUUACCUGGGUCAAAGCCCGCGGGGAAGUCAGGGGCGAAGAGAGAACCGAUGAGGAUAUUGAGUAUAGAUAUGGGAAUUCGCAAUCUAGCCUACUGCGUCCUCGACGUUCCGACGGAUUCCUCUGUCCCCAAACUUGUGGCAUGGAAACGCAUUGCAGUGUCAUCAGCUCCAGUACCGAGCAAUGACAAAAGCGAGUUGGCUACAAAAGUAGAAAAGGAGUCUUUCGAACCGCCCGUCCUCUCUGCUGCCGCAUUCAAGCUUCUCCGCAAGACUCUCUUGCCCCAUAAUCCAACCCACAUCCUCAUUGAACGCCAACGCUUUCGAUCCAUGGGCUCCCCAAAGAUCCUCGAGUGGACAGUAAGAGUUAACAUGCUGGAAAGCAUGAUCUACGCUAUUCUCCUUACCCUCCGAGAGGAAGGUGCCUGGAACGGAACUGUGGUUCCAAUUGCUCCCGGCAAGGUGGGACCGUUCUGGUUGGAGGGUGAAGAAGCUACCACUGUCGCUUUGGAGGAAGCGGAAACAGAGGGGUCUAGUCCAACCUCAAUGGUGAAGACGAAGACACGGAAUGCUAAGCUUGCAAAGGCUCUUAAUAAAGGAGCUAAGAUAGACCUGGUUCGCAACUGGCUGGCCAUUGGCGACAGGGUUGGGGUGGAUUCUCCGGAUGUAGAGGCACUUGUGAAGGCAUAUUUGGACAAGUGGGACAAGAAGCCCGGAGGCGUUAAGGGGAAAAGGCCGGCUAAAGAUGCUGUAGCCACCAUCGAAAAGAUGGGCAAGCUUGACGACCUUGCGGACAGUCUGCUCCAGGGUAUGGCAUUCAUCCAGUGGGAGGAGAAUAAAAGGAUAGCUAGAGAAGAUGGUAUAAGCAGCUUGCUGGAACCAGCUGCAAAGUAAUACAGAUAAACCCAAAUCUAAAC